UUUGGGGCUCGUGCUAGGCCACUGCCUGGCUACUGCCACUACAACAAUGGUAACAUUUGCUGUUGGUGUGUAAAGUCAAUUUGUUAUGGGACACGACUCAAGUUGGAUAUAAAGUACCCCAAAACAGUCAUACACUAGAAAAGCACAAUUGCCUUGAAGUUAAAAACGGGGGUGUGGAGGUGGCCUAGGCUAAGAGGACAGCAGCUCCUUCAUGACCAGGCCUUGUGUUGAGGUCUCUACUACUAUUAAAAGGCUAGUACUAGGCCAAGGAAGUGGCAAAUUGGAUCUGAUGACAUAUCUUGGAACAACCGCGCCCCCUGGCGAAUCUUCACAGCCAUCAAUUCUGUAUAAUUAUUGGAUGGGGAUGGUUGCCUUGUACCGGAGCUGGCAGGCCUCUGAUUGAAGAGGAAUGGCACAUUGGGAGAAUCAGAUGCAUCUGUGCUUUGAACCAGCGCCCUGUCUUGUCUGUGAUUGAGAAGGGAAGGGGAAAAGACUGACAAAUAUCACACAAGCUUUCACGCACAAGGACAUGAAGGAUACCCUGCUUCAAAAACUAGGACUGGAUGAAGUUCCGAAAAUUCACAAAAGGGAUUUGGAGAAUCUUGUAAUGCCUGCGCACAUUAAGAAUAAAUACCUGUCAAUGCUGAAGCUGCACCACGAAAGGCGGCGCAGGUCUCUGCCAAGCUUGGCGGGGAUUCUGAGGGGAAUCCCAGGAAAUGCAGACAUCUAUGGGGAGUUUGUGUACUCAGACACCACUCGGCAACGGAUGGUCUUUGACAUGGACACCCGCAUCCCCCAUAAUAGCGAGGUGACCAUGGCCGAACUGAAACUGUACAAGAAAGCCCCUCCUCACAAGCGCUCCAUGCCCGAGAGGAGGAACCACCGUCCGGUUAACAACGCCAGAGUCUCCAUCUACUGGGUAGAGAUGCUGGAGAACGGCUCCAACACAACAUCUCUGGUGGACUCACGGUUGAUCCCCAUCCAUGAGACUGGCUGGAUAAGCUUUGAUGUCACACAGGGUGUGCACUAUUGGUCAAAGACGCAGCAGAAAACACCUAUGAACCUAGAGGUGUGGAUCGAGGGCGAGAGACCUGGCAGCUACGCGGCAGAAAUGGCCAAGAGUGUCCACUUUACCACCCAGGACCAGACGGAAAACACAUUGGGGAAACCUGAGCUGAUCCUCUACACACUCAACCUCGAAGAGUUUGGGUCUCGAGGUGACUGUGAAAUCAAUCCAGAUAAGGACACGUGCUGCAGAGAAAAAUACUUCAUCAAUUUCCGCGCGCUCACGUGGACCCAGUAUUGGAUAAUCGAACCAGCGGGCUACCAGGCCUACCGAUGCGCUGGAGGGUGCAAGCAGCCCAAGCGAAACUACGGCUACGGGGAGCGGAAGUGUACCAUCGCGGAGAGCGCCCCGCUGCCCAUGAUGUACCUGGUCAAGAAGGGUGACUACACGGAGAUAGAAGUGGCCGAGUUCCCCAACAUGAUCGUGGAGUCGUGUGCCUGCACCAUGGACAACAUCUCCAUAGUUUGAAGUCAAGCGUUGUAGACUGGGCAGGGCACCUCCAAAUUAACUCCAAGUACUUUUCUAUUGAAAGUGGGAAUAUAAUAAGAGGGAGCAUGACAGAUCUCUUGAGACAAAUUCUAUUCACAAGCACUUUGUAUUAUUUUUUGUAAAUAAUUCAUUCAUAAUUUAGACUUCAUGAGUUGUAUACUGUAUUACUCAGAAAAAACGGUCUGAUUUAGUCUCAAAUGUUAUAUUUUUAAGCUGUAAAUACUAUGGAUGAUUUCAGAAUUAAAUAUACUUUUUUUUUUUAUUAAGAAGUCUGAUUUUGUUAUUUUCCACAAGGCAUGAUU